AGGUCAAAAUAUUGAGAAAACAAAGGGGAGAGAGAAGCAUGUACCUACUUGUUUCUACUUCCAUUCCAACCCUACGACUCUGUCGUCACUAGAGAGAGAGAGAGAGAAGAAAUGAACAAAAGAAUCACCUUGCUGGUGAAGAUCCUCGUGUUCCUCUUCGCCGUUAACUCCCUCUCUCUCUUUCUCUACUUCACCUAUCACCAUUCCUCUUCCUCCACCAAACCUUCUUCUUCACACUUUCUCACACACAAAACUUUACGACGACCCUUUGGUGAAACACACCAAACCCACUUCUCAAAACCAUGGCCUGACCUACCCUCUUACCUUCCAUGGUCCCAAAUCACCACCUCCGCCACUCGCCGCUCUUGCGAGGGCUAUUUCGGAAACGGGUUCACGCGCCGCCUCGAUAUCCUCUCCUCCGGCGGCGGAGCAGGGUGGUUCCGGUGCUGGCACAGCGAGACUCUCCGGAGCUCGAUAUGCGAAGGGGAAAGGGUUCGCAUGGUGCCGGAGAGGAUAGAGAUGGCGAAGGGUGGUGAGACUUUGGUGGAGGUUAUUGGGAGAAGGGAAGAGGAGGAACUACCUUCGUUUCAAAACGGUGCGUUUGAGGUUGAUGGAGGUGAAGGGUUUGGUGUAGGGAGAGAGGAGAAGAUGCUUGUGGAUAGUGAGUUCUUGGAUUUGUAUGUGCCUCGAGGUGAGGUUAUGAGGCAUACAAUGCGUGAUUUGAUUAGUAAGAUUCGGAUCGUUGGAGGGAAGGACUUUGUUUGUGAUGAGUGGAUUGAGGAACCAACACUUUUGGUGACACGGUUUGAAUAUGCUAAUCUUUUUCACACUGUUACAGAUUGGUACAGUGCAUAUGUUUCUUCUAGAGUCACUAACCUGCCUAAUCGACCUCAUUUGGUCUUUGUAGAUGGCCACUGUACGACUCCUCUUGAAGAGACAUGGAAAGCGUUAUUCUCGAGUCUCAGAUAUGCUAAAAACUUCAGUGGUACAGUUUGUUUUCGCCAUGCUAUUCUCUCACCUUUGGGAUAUGAGACUGCACUGUUUAGAGGACUAACAGAAGAUAUAAAUUGUGAUGGAGCUUCUGCACAAAAACUUUGGCAAAAGCCUGAUAAUUACAAAACUGCACGCCUUUCUGAGUUUGGAGAAAUGGUCAGGGCAGCAUUUGAGCUACCUUUAAACUUACACCAUGUUGGAAAACAUGUCACUGGACAUAAUGUCCUUUUUGUUCGCCGUGAAGAUUAUUUAGCUCAUCCACGCCAUGGUGGUAAAGUUGAAUCAAGACUAAGCAAUGAGCAAGAUGUCUUUGAGUCCUUGAAGAGCUGGGCAUCUAGUUAUAAAGGGUGUAAAGUUAACCUUGUUAAUGGAUUGUUUGCACACAUGUCUAUGAAGGAGCAGGUACGAGCCAUUCAAGACGCAUCGGUUAUCAUUGGUGCCCAUGGUGCUGGUCUUACUCACAUAGUAUCUGCAUUACCUAAAACUGUGAUUCUGGAGAUUAUUAGCAGCCAAUUCAGACGCCCACAUUUUGCAUACAUUGCCCGUUGGAAAGGGUUGGAGUAUCAUGCAAUCAACCUUGAUGGAUCACAUGCUGAUCCUGGAACUGUGAUCAACGAGCUUGUCAACAUAAUGAAAAGCAUAGGGUGUUGAAUGUUUUGCGUUUGAGCUUGAAACUGCUGAUAUCUGAGCUUGAGUAGUGGAAAUAAAAGAUGAUUUUCUAUCUUUAUGAUUCACAUCUCAUCCGUGGCGCGCAAUCUUUUGCCUUCAAUUGCCAGCCAUUUUGGUUGCUGAAAGUGACACAGUUGCUGAUUUAUUGUUGGAGUAGAAAUAGCAUAACUUCUUUAAGCUGAAUUUAACUCAAUAAUUCUGUGAUGCCCUUGUUCAACUGAAGAAGGUUGCAGAAUCAGUGCUAUGAGUGAACUGGAUUGUUGUUAGUACCUGGCGUGGUAUUUGGCAUCUUGCAGCACCAUUUUGUUUCCUUCACUUGUUCCAUGUCCCCAAGUAUAUACAGAUGUGAGGUUUUUGCUUGUAUAUUGAUUCUUCCUCACACGGUUAUGUUGUACAAUAGGUGAUUCCAUUUGCUCAUUCUUUUUCUCGGAAUCAUUUUGAUUCAGAUACUGUUACUUAAAAUUGAGGUAAACCAUACAAAUUGCAUUUUUAAGUGCAUUAAACUUCUGCUGGCACAAUAUUACUGGAAAGACUAAUGUCGAAAUUUGAUUAGGGUUU